AGGCUGAAGGAGAAUAUCUUGAGGUUUGGGUGCGUGAUGCGACCCUUGACGGAACUGUCGGCGGUGGUCACGUCCCUCCUCAGGUGGGAAUCGCCCUCAGCAACACUUCUCGCCCUCCUCAUCUACCUCUACAGCGUCCUCUUCGGCUGGCUUCUGACCCUUGUGCUCCUUCUGGGCAUCCUCAAACUCUCUUUCAACUACCUGAAGAAAAGAGGAUGGACCCAAAUCUUUCUGCGGCGGCUGCGGCGGCGGGAGGGCGGCGAGGCGGUGGACAUGGCGGCGGGAGAGGCGGGGCUGGGAGACAAGUUUGCUCUGGUAUUGCAAGUGGCUCGUCGCGUCCAGAACCAGCUGGGAGCGGUGUCCAAUGCAGCUGAGAAAGUUAAAAACCUUUGCCUGUGGGAGCACGAGGCCACGCAGCGCCUCUACCUGUUCCUGUGCUUGCUGCUGAUCGCCUCCGUGCUGCUCCCCGCCGCCCAGCUCUUCACCAUCACCGGCAUCUACCUGGGACUCAAGUUCUUCGUCAUGGACUUCAUUUUCUUCCGCUACCCGAGGAUCCGCCUCAAGUAUGACACCACCUCGAGGCUCUGGGACACGCUGCCCACCGACGCUGAUCUGGAGCGGCGCGGGGAAAAGGUGGGCUCUGCAAGAGAGAGGAGAGGGCGGGAUGUAACCGCAGUGACAACGGCAACUCCUCGCCUGACCUCUUCUUCCUUCCUGGAGCUGUUCAACCUUCCCCCCACGGAGACUCCGCUUCCAGGCUGGCAAAGUGGUCGACGCUGCACCUUAGUCAACCGAGACCGCUCCCUUACCUCCGCCUUUAAGAAUGGUCGACUCUACCUCACCAACAGCUUCCUGUGUUUUGAGAGGAGUAAGAGUCACUCCGCCAAGAAUCUAAAGUUCCCGCUAAGGAAAGCGAAAGUGGAGAAGGCCAACAGCUACCCGUGGAUCCCUGGAGGCGGCAUGGCCAUCGAGGUGUCUGUGGAAGGGAAGAGUUACUUCUUCGCCGCCAUCUUGAACCGAGACGAGGUGUUUGACGAUGUCCUGGAAGGGUGCAGGCGGGCGGGCUCCACCUGGUGCGACGCUCCCAAUCCUUCGGAGCGCCCCAAGGACCCCAAGGAAUCCAAGGAAUUACCGGGGAGCACUGAGGCCCUAGACGAGACUGCCACGGGGCCUCUUAGUUCACUACCGGGUACACUCAACCUUCAGCGGGGAUAG